AUGUUAAUUUAUAUCUACAGAGAAGCAGCCUGCACUAAUCCCGGUUUCCCCAAAAGGCAUCAGUACUAUUUUGUGAUGAUAGAUGCAGAAGGGAGAAAGGCCGGCAAAAGAGAAGAUAAAAUGUCAAAAGACGGUGGCUGCCACCACCUCCUGUAUCAGAAUCAAGUUGUCAUUUGGUUGAUGCUAUUAGUGGUUGCUGCCGAUCUAUCCCUCGUCCUAUAUCGCUCAGCUUUCAGUAACAAUCCUUCAUCCCAGCACUUCACUUUUGGACAAGAAAAUGAUUCCUCCUCCUCAAGUCAAGAUGGUGAUUCCAAAGUAGAAGGAGACUUAUCCUUCCAGAAGUCAACCAGCCAUGAAGGUGAUACAUCUGCUCCAUCUUUAAGCUCUAGUGCUCAGUCAAGCAAUGGAAAUCGAUCUUCUCCAACUGAGUCUGUGCAAGGGAACUUAUCUCCCCAGGUUAAACAAGAAAAUGAAGAAACCAAGUUGGAGAGAGUAUUAUCUAAGGCAGCCUCGGCAGACAAAACUAUCAUUUUUACAACAAUAAAUGAAGCAUGGAUAACUCCAGGUUCAUUGUUUGAUCUCUUUCUUGAGGGAUUUAAUAUUGGCAAUCAAACACAAUAUCUUCUGAAUCAUUUGGUAAUUGUGGCCAUGGACCAAAAGGCAUACUCUCGUUGCUUGGAGGUGCACCAACAUUGUUAUGCACUUAUUACAGAAGGGGUAGACUUUUCUGGUAGGGCAAAUUAUAUGAGCCCACAAUACAUGAAGAUGAUGUGGAGAAGACUUGAUUUCAUGCGUACCAUUCUUGAGCUAGGAUACAGUUUCAUUUUCACGGACACUGAUAUAAUUUGGUUUAGAGAUCCAUUUCCACAUUUUUAUGAGGAUGCAGAUUUUCAAAUUGCUAGCGAUCAAUAUGAAUUCACCUCUACUGAUCUGCGUAACCGACCAAACGCAGGUUUCAUGUAUGUGAGGUCAAAUAGCAUAACUCUCCAGUUUUACAAGUUUUGGUGCGGGUCCAAGAAAACUUAUCCUGGUAAGAAUGAGCAAGAUGUGCUUAAUAUUAUCAAAUUUGAUCCAUUCAUCAAGAGGAUUGGAUUAAAGAUCAGAUUCUUGAAUACAGCUUACUUUAGUGGAUUUUGUCAGCCAAGUAAGGAUCUGAAUGUACUUUGCACAAUGCAUGCAAAUUGUUGUGUUGAUGUACAUAAAAAAAUUCGUGACCUUCAGUUGGUGAUUGAUGACUGGAAAAAGUACAUGGCAUUGCCAAGCAACAGAAAGAAACGAUACUCUUGGACACAGAGAAAAUAUUGUGUAUAAAUUGUAUUUUUGUUGCGGUAACUUUCCAUUUGUAAUUUGGAAACAGAUAGUGAAAAUUAUUCUAUCAAAAGUUUUCCGUAGUUAUUUUCAUUUU